GGUAAUGCCACCGCUUAUCACUCUGCGUCACGCCGCACGUUCGUGCCCAAAGUGUAUCCCCAUCAGGGCCGAAUGUCGCUACCGCAGGUUUGGAUCGUUGGCAACCCCCACCCGAUACUCGUCCUAGCAACGAGUCGCGAACUUCAACGACAUAGGGCCGACUUCAUGACAAGGAUCGGAAGCGUGUCUUCAUGCCGACUCACGCACCGUUUCAUUGGGCACAUACUGCAAAAAUCAGAUGGUUCCUGCGUCGCGUAUAGCGACACAUACCUUUCCCCGUUUUGUACGGGGCUACUCUUUGCUCACUCGCAGCACUUCGACUCAUUGCAGCCGGACGAAGUACUCGCGAUCUUUUGGUCUUUGUUGAGAAGAAGUGCAUACCCUUUGGAGUUUUCACGUUUUGUUCACUGCCCAUUAUGGAUUUUGUCCGAAGAGCCGGAGACAACGUGAAUUUGGUGGUAUACGAUAACAUUCAGCCCAUUGUUUGGAUCACCACAGUUCCAUUCUUCAUAAUGGGUUUGAUAUCAUCUGUUAUCCGACUCUACACUCGAGCUUUCAUACGAAAGCCUUUUGGUACAGACGAUUGGUUCAUGCUGGUUGGAACUAUAUUAUUCAUCGGUCAGCAAUACAUUGCUUGGAUGUGGACCAUUCUAGGCGGCGGGCUGCACGUUACCGAUCCUCGUGUUAAGCCUGAAAACCUCAAGAAAAUCACCAGUUAUCUCUUCGCAGAAGAGUUCUAUUACCUUCUCCUACAAUUCUUCAUCAAGAUGUCAUUCCUCUUCUUCUAUCGCCGCACACUCGAGGUCACACCAGGUUUCAGGAUCGCGGUGAUAAUCACUAUGAUCCUGGUAGGCUUGCAGACGGGCGGUACAUGGAUUUUCUACGGCCUGCAAUGUAUCCCCAUCCAAGCCUUUUUCACCCCAGAACUAUAUCCGAAUGCUGUGUGCAUUUCCUCUGGUCUAUCAUACUACUUGCCCUCCGUUGCUAACGUCUUCAUGGACGUAGUAAUUUACCUCCUCCCCAUCUACCCUCUGUGGAACGUACAAACUACAGUCCGCCGCCGAAUCGGUUUGAUGUGCGUCUUUACCCUUGGAGGCUGCACGAUCAUAAUCUCCCUUCUUCGCUUCAUCGUCCUGUGGCAACUCGCAAACACGAAAGAUGUGUCGUACAUCUUCGGCUCCGUCACGAUCGUCACGUCUAUCGAAUUCGCGGUAGCGAUCAUCACCGCCAAUAUGCCUGGAAUGUACGGCUUCUACCGUGCAAGGAUAUCGAGAAAAGAGCAGAGUUCCACUGAGGGAUACCACUUUGGCAUUGCUACCCCUGGAUCCAAGGGCCGUUCUUUAGGGAACGCUAGUCGUGUGACAAAGGGUAGCAAACUGAGCACUCAUGGCGAGGAAGAUGAUGUAAGAACAGGGAGCCAGGAUGAGCUGUACCCAAUGAGCAAUCUCGGUGAGAGCGAAGAGGAGCAGAAUAUACGUGUCACUACGAAGGUCAUAGUUGAAGGAGAGGAUUCCAAGAGAUUGCCUAGGAGUAGUCUCAGGAGCCUCAGAAAGGGACAUUGAUGGUUGCGAUGAUGGUCGCUUCUCAACCACAUGUAGCGAGCUGAGAGGCAAGAUCGUGGAAGUGAUUAUGGCUAUGCAUUAUACCCAAACAUGCGAAGAUGUACAUGCUUGUCGAUUGGUAGCAAGUUUGCUCUAGCAUUGUUCAGCGUUGGCGCCAGGGGCGCUCUUUUCAAACUUAACACAGAGAACAGCGUACAUAGCGAAUGGCGUUUAUUUGGUCGGAAAAAGACUUGUCACAGAACGUCAAAUACAACUUCUGACACGGAACCUUCUCGGGAGUCUAUGCCCGACUUUCGCGCUAGAUCAUCGGCGUCGGGAACUCCGCACUGCGUGUUAGCGUUUCUUCACCCGCAAUACAUAUCCGAUAGGAGUAAUUCAGUGUCGCUCAUCGCUCAAUCUCAGUGCUGUACUUGCAGACUACAGAGCACCUCGUCCCCAA